AAUUUGCCUUUAUUUUGUCAGAAUCCUCUAACUUAGAAAAGACCCCUAAAACCGGAUCAUGGAUUUGCCUGAGGAUGUGGUGAUUCAUAUUCUGGCAAGAUUGCCCGUCAAAUGCUUGAUGAAAUUCCAGUGCGUGCCGUUUCGUGGAUUUGCAUUCCACCGCUUCAAAAGACAAGGAUAACAAUGCCAUCGUCGUCACGCGGGUCAUCCGGGGCGACCCAAGGCUGAAGGUACAUACCCGUGAUACUAUUUUGUGAUUCCAUUCUUACGAUCCGGACGAAUCACUCCGCAGGGUUGCCCCUGAUUUACCAGUUUUUGAUGAUAAACUUCUUGUUUCUGGUUCUUGCAACGGCCUUGUUUGCUUGGCAAAUCCAAAUCCAUUCGGGGAUGAUCGUAUUUUUCUGUGCAACCCGGCUACCCGAGAGAUCAAGAUGAUUCCUUCCCGUCCCUUUGACUAUCCGCCUGGAUUCACUGGCACUAUCGCCAAGGUGGGAUUUGGUUUUGAUUCCGGUGCUAAUGCAUAUAAGGUUUUUUAUUUAACAAUGCCGAAUAUGGAAGAUCCUUACGUGGACGACUUCGUUGUUGAUGGCCAAGUUGUUGAUGACUGCUGCCUUAUUGAUAUCUAUAAUCUUAGCUCUAAUUCUUGGAGACGUCAAAAUUUCAGUUUUGAACCUGGUCCGAUUUAUUAUGGUAUAUUCUUUCAUGGAUCAUACCACUGGGUCUCAUCCCACCGCGGUGAAGUUGUCAUCGCCGUCUUCGAUAUGAGCCUUGAGGUAGCCCGAGAGAUGAAGUGUCCUGAUAAAAAUGUUUUUGGAUGUGGUAUCUAUUCGAAUUUCUCGAUCUUAGAGGGUAACCUAUCCUUCGUUCUGGUCUCUCCCCAAACAUAUGUCUCUCCCCAAGCAUAUGUCUCUGCCCAAGCAAAUAUUGAGAGCAUAAAUAUGGUUCCACAAUCUGUGGCCAUAUGGGUGAUGACAGAGUAUGGGAAUGAUGCAUCAUGGACGAAAAAAUGUACUAUUAGAACAUUUUAUGGGAUCUUUGGAAACUUGAGUUGUUGGAAUAAUGAUAGGCUCCUUUUUGACAGCAACCAUGGUGAGGAGAAUGGUGUACCCAUGGGAGAAUUAAGUUCAUGCGAACUCCAGGAGGAGGAUAACUUGGAUAUCCAACAAGUGAAGAGAUAUGGUAUUGUUGGAUCCCGUGGCUCACUGGAAGUUGUGAUUUAUAAGGAGAGUUUGGCACCCGUACCAAUCUAUCUGUAAUUUCGUCAUCUCAUCAAUUAUAUUCUGAUCUUGUGAGUAGUCUUUGAUAAUUGAUACUGCCAUCUGAUGUGGGAUAUAAGUUCCGAUGAUAUGGCAGUUGUAAACUAACUAGGCAACAAAGAACAAAGAAUCGAAUAAAAGGUCUUGGUCUGCAUCGUGGUUCCGCUCAAAGUUGUGGCAGUAGUAAUGGACUAAUGGUAGAAGUCAAUACAUGUCUUCGUGAUGGAAUAUCUUAUUUGUCCAGAAACCAAGAAGAGGAAGCCUU